ACAGAUUUGUAUAAGCAGAUCAGGCUUUGCCUUGUGCAACAUGCUGUUUGUGGAAAUGCUGAGUAAUGCAAAGAUUUCCAUGUGGCUGAUGCAAACCUGUGGGAUUUGCAUCAUCAUCAUCGAGCAGCAAUAACUCAGAAUGACAGGAGCACAAUGAAGUAGAAAUGGUCAGAAGCAUACGGAAGUUAGUCUAGUCUCUCACUGUAGAUAAGAGCACCGUGAAACAACAGGUGUUGCUGAGAAGUAACAGAGGAACUGCUCCUGGAAUUAUUCAUUGGAAAGUUUGAAAGUAGAGCAGAUCUCGCCGCUCACGCCUAUCAGAGUCAGAAGCCACCUGCACAGCACUUUUUCUGAGUUGGAAAGGAUCCCUGCUACUGUUCAGCUCAUCAUGUAUAAGCAAGCAGCUGAUGAUGUGUACUCUGUCACCAAAGGAAAGGACUCGCUCCGUAUGGAGCCCUCAGCUGACAGAAAGAUGUCUGAGAAAACAGAAAAAGUGGUGCUGAAAAAGAAAAUAACUCUGUUGAGAGGAAUUUCAAUAAUCAUUGGAACUAUUAUUGGAGCUGGGAUCUUUAUCUCUCCCAAAGGAAUUCUCCAAAAUACAGGGAGCGUAGGAAUGUCGCUGGUUGUAUGGACAGCCUGUGGCAUUCUCUCUUUAUUUGGUGCUCUCUGCUAUGCAGAGCUUGGAACUUGUAUCAAAAAAUCUGGGGGUCAUUAUACAUAUAUUUUGGAAGCGUUUGGACCAUUACCUGCCUUCAUAAGAGUAUGGGUAGAGCUUUUGGUUAUUCGCCCAGCUGCUACAGCAGUGAUAUCACUGGCAUUUGGACGGUAUAUGCUGGAGCCUUUCUUUAUACAAUGUGAAAUACCAGAUCUUGCUAUCAAGUUAGUGACAGCUUUGGGCAUCACUAUAGUGAUGGUCUUGAACAGUAUGAGCGUCAGCUGGACCGCUCGGAUACAGAUUUUCUUGACCUUUUGCAAGCUUAUAGCAAUUCUGAUAAUUAUAGUCCCUGGAGUUCUACAGCUAAUUAAAGGAGAGACACAGAACUUCAAAGAUGCUUUUAUUGGAAAAGACGUCAGUGUUAUGGGGUUACCCUUGGCAUUCUAUUCUGGAAUGUAUGCAUAUGCUGGAUGGUUUUACCUCAACUUUGUUAUUGAAGAAGUUGAAAACCCAGAAAAAAAUGUACCUCUUGCGAUAUGCAUAUCAAUGGCCAUUGUGACAGUUGGCUAUGUCUUAACUAAUGUGGCAUACUACACAACCAUUACUGCAGAAGAACUAGUUCUCUCCAGUGCUGUUGCUGUGACAUAUGCAGAGCGCCUCUUUGGGAGCUUUUCCCUUGCAGUCCCAAUCUUUGUCUCUUUGUCUUGCUUUGGCUCAAUGAAUGGUGGUGUUUUUGCAGUUUCCAGAAUGUUUUAUGUUGCGUCCCGAGAGGGUCACCUUCCUGAAAUUCUUUCUAUGAUUCAUGUGCGCAAGCACACUCCAUUGCCAGCUGUCAUUGUUUUGCUUCCACUAACAAUGGUAAUGCUUUUCACUGGGGAUAUCUACAGCCUCCUGAAUUUUUUCAGUUUCGUCAGGUGGCUCUUUAUUGGCCUGGCUGUGGCUGGACUCAUUUAUCUGCGAUACAAACGACCCGAGAUGCAUCGCCCUUUCAAGGUGCCAAUAUUUAUACCAGCUUUAUUUUCUUUCACCUGCCUCUUCAUGGUUGCCUUGUCCCUUUACUCAGACCCCAUCAAUACAGGGAUUGGUUUUGCCAUUACAUUGACCGGAGUGCCUGCAUAUUACCUGUUUGUCAUAUGGGAUAACAAACCAAAGUGGUUUCGGACAUUCUCAGAGAGAGCCACUAUGAUGCUGCAAAUACUCCUGGAAGUUGCACCCACAGACAAGCAUAAUCCCUGAAUGGAAUCUUCAGUUUGUUGCUACAAAGAGUAUUUUGUUCUUUCAAUUUAGUGCCAGAAGACAUACAUUGCACAACUGUUUUCAACCCCUUUACUAUCGACUAACAGAAUUUAGAAAAAUUAAAAAGAGGGGUAAAAUACUUUGUAAAUAUGUGGGAAUUGCUACAUUAUUGCAUAUAAUUUUGUGAUACCAGGGCCACGCAGUCAGCUGCUUUACCUAGCAUGACCACUUCAGGUGGGGAUCAUGUUUUUUUCCUUAGGAUUUGGGCCAUGUUGGUAGGUGAGCUCCAUCUUUAAUCUGUAUGCAAUAGACUAUAUGCAAAAUGAUUUACUGUAGUGCCUUCUAUUAAUGGUGUAUGUAGCUGAAGGAAACACACCUUCACAAGCAUCUCAACUUGCCCAGGUGGUUUCAGUCACAGGAGCCCUUUUUGAUCACUUUGUUGUUGUAUUUAAGUUGAAUGCUAAUGUUAUGCCCUUGAUACAGCCUAAUGUUAGUGCAACACUAACUAACUAACUAAGUAACUAACGUUUUGACGCUCUGGUAGACUGAAUCAAGGCCCCAUGAUUUCACCACUAACAUGACCCUUGAUGCUUGCAAUACAGGCAGGCACCUAAAAGUACAGUAUCAAGGUUCAGAAUAUCUUUCAAUUUUCCCAAGCUGGAACUGAUUUUGUAUGUUACAACUGGCCUCUUUCAGUUGAUGGAGUUGAGCCAGGGGUGUGCGGAUGUCCAUAAACAGAAUUACUUGCUUAUUACUGCACUUUGAACUCUGCUUUAACAUAUGAAGUUAGCACCCUGUGAUGCAGAGAUAUAUACUUGCAUUUAGCAUUCCCUGCAAUGAUCAAUUCUGACUGAACACCAAACAUUGACACAUUGCCAGACUUGGGGGCCCACUGGGGCUGCUGUUUUUGGGCCCACUGUUUUUGCAGUGACCAGCCAGAAGAAGCAGCGCAGGGUGCGGAUCUGGGCCGGCCCAGUCCGACCCUGCAUUGACAAUAUUACAGAGAUUUAACUGACAGAACACUUAGGUGUGUGGGAGUGUUGCUUAAGUGAACUUUUUGUCUCUGUUUAAAGAAAAACUAUAUCCCCAAACAAUGUAGUGUCUCUAUAAUAAUAUACUGCAUAAAACAGAUAAUAC